AUGGCCCUAGUUUAUGCUAAAGACCAGCCCCAGGGCUUUUCCAAUACCAUCGAGAAGAUUGCUUUCGUCGGCGCAGGCGGCCAAGUUGGAAAAUAUUUGGUUGAGCCCUUGCUGAAGACAGGCAAACACGUUGUGACGGCAAUUACUCGUCCGGGCAGCUCAAGCAAGCUUCCAGAUGGUCUCAAAAUAGUCAAGGUUGACUAUAACGAUGAUGACGACACUGAGCUAGUAGAAGCGCUCCGUGGCCAGCAGGCUUUGAUCAUUACGAUGUCACUGGCAGCUCCACCAGACACCAUCAGCAAGCUCUCGAAGGCAGCUGCCAAAGCAGGAAUACCAUAUGUUCUCCCCAAUUGGCUUGGUAUCGAUGACGGAAACAUCCCGCUAUGUGAUGGCGUUACACUGAGUCAAAGCCGCGAAAAAAUACAGACUCAAUUCAAAUCUUUUGUAGACACUUCGUAUAUCUUCCUGGUUUGCAGCUUCUGGUACGAGUUCAGUCUCGGCGGAGGGCCAUACCGCUAUGGUUUCGAUUUCAAGAAUCGCUCCUUCAUCCAGUUCGAUGACGGCACUGUGAAAAUCCCAACUACCACCUGGCCGCAAUGUGGCCGAGCCAUCGCCAGCCUGCUUAGUUUGAAGAAUCUCCCAGACGAUGAGAACGACAAAUCGCCGACCGUGUCUCACUUCGCGAAUGCUUCAGUUUAUGUUACUAGCUUCCGGGUCAACCAGCUUGAGAUGUUUGAGAGCGCGAAACGCGUCACUGGUACCACUGAUGCUGACUGGACUAUCACCCACGAAACUGCCGAGGCGCGAUGGACUGAUGGGCAUGAGGCCGUCCACAAAGGAAACUAUGCUCUUUUCCCCAAGAUGCUUUACAGUCGUAUGUUUUUCCCGAAUGGAGAUGGUGCUGUUCUGACGAGCGAGGUCCACAAUGAUAUUUUGGGUCUCCCUGUCGAGGAUUUGGAUGAGUAUACGGCUAUUGCUAUUCGCAUGUCUGAGAAUGAUGAGUUGGCAGAGACUCAUUAG